AGCUGAUGCAGUUGUGCAGUCGGUGAGAGGCAAUGGCAGAGGUGUAGAGGGAGACAGAGGAACCCCGAGUCUGUGACAGCUUCACCUGAACCCCACACCUGUGACACAGUGAUCCGACGACACCCCCACGACACCCGCCACACCAGAGCCGACGGACCGGCCUGGACCCGCAGCGCAGCAGGGCUUUCUCAAUCUCAGUUGAAGCCGAAGCCACACCAUGUCCUUAAAACCGCGGGUGGUGGAUUUUGAUGAGACAUGGAACAAGCUCCUUACGACAAUCAGGGCCGUUGUGAUGCUCGAUUACGUGGAGAGAGCAACAUGGAACGACCGCUUCUCUGACAUAUAUGCUCUGUGUGUUGCAUACCCAGAGCCCUUAGGUGAAAGACUGUACACUGAGACAAAAGGGUUUCUGGAAAAUCACGUCAGGCAGUUGUUCAAGAGAGUGCUGGAAUCAGAGGAGAAAGUUUUGGUGAUGUAUCACAGAUACUGGGAGGAAUACAGCAAAGGUGCUGAAUACAUGGAUUGCUUAUACAGGUACCUUAACACACAGUUUAUUAAGAAGAACAAGUUGACGGAAGCAGACCUGCAGUACGGUUAUGGAGGAGUGGAUAUGAAUGAGCCGUUAAUGGAGAUCGGGGAGCUUGCUCUUGACAUGUGGCGGAAGUUAAUGAUCGAGCCCCUUCAACCCAUGCUCAUUGGAAUGCUUCUGAAAGAGAUCAAAAACGACCGAUGUGGGGAGGACCCAAAUCAGAAAGUAAUCCAUGGGGUUAUCAACUCCUUUGUUCAUGUUGAACAGUACAAGAAAAAGUUUCCUCUAAAGUUUUAUCAGGAAAUCUUUGAGGGGCCGUUUCUGACGAAAACCGGCGAGUAUUACAAACAGGAAGCCUCCAAUCUACUGCAGGAGACCAACUGCUCCCAAUAUAUGGAGAAGGUUUUAGGCAGGUUGAAAGAUGAGGAGGUGAGAUGUCGGAAGUAUCUGCACCCAAGCUCUUAUGCCAAAGUCAUCCAUGAAUGUCAGCAGAGGAUGGUGGCCGAUCACCUGCAGUUCCUCCACGGAGAGUGUCAAAGUAUCAUCAGACAGGAGAAGAGAGACGACAUGGCGAAUAUGUACACGUUACUGCGGGCCGUGUCCAGCGGCUUACCUCACAUGAUCCAGGAGCUUCAGGUCCACAUCCAUGAAGAGGGUCUCCGAGCCACCAGUAACCUCUCUCAGGAAAAUAUGCCAACCCUGUUUGUGGAGUCUGUGUUAGAGGUUCACAGUAAAUUUGUCCAGUUAAUCAACACAGUAUUAAAUGGGGACCAACACUUCAUGAGUGCGCUCGAUAAGGCUUUAACUUCAGUAGUGAACUAUAGAGAGCCCAAAUCCAUCUGCAAAGCACCUGAACUGCUGGCCAAGUACUGUGACAAUCUGUUGAAGAAAUCGGCGAAAGGAAUGACUGAGAACGAGGUGGAAGACAAACUGACCAGCUUCAUCACAGUCUUCAAAUACAUCGACGACAAAGACGUGUUUCAGAAGUUUUACGCCAGAAUGCUUGCAAAGAGGUUAAUCCAUGGACUUUCGUUAUCCAUGGACUCUGAAGAAGCUAUGAUCAACAAACUGAAGCAAGCCUGUGGUUAUGAAUUCACAAGCAAACUGCACAGAAUGUACACUGAUAUGAGCGUCAGCACCGACUUAAACAACAAAUUCAACAACUUUAUCAAAACCCAAGAGACCAUAGUGGACCUGGGCAUCAGCUUCCAAAUUUAUGUAUUACAGGCGGGUGCAUGGCCCCUUACACAUGUUCCCUCUUCCACAUUUGCCAUCCCACAGGAGCUGGAGAAGAGUGUACAAAUGUUUGAGUUGUUUUAUAAUCAGCACUUCAGCGGAAGGAAGUUGACCUGGCUUCACUAUCUCUGUACAGGUGAGGUAAAGAUGAACUACCUGUCCAAGCCUUACGUGGCUGUGGUAACCACCUAUCAGAUGGCUGUACUGCUGGCUUUCAACAACAGUGAGACUGUGAGCUACAAAGAACUGGAGGACAGCACGCAAAUGAACGAGAAAGAGCUACAGAAGACCAUUAAAUCUCUACUGGAUGUCAAGAUGAUCAGCCACGACUCUGAGAAAGAGGAAAUCGAGCCUGAAUCCACGUUUUCCCUAAUUAUGAGUUUCACCAGUAAACGAACAAAGUUCAAGAUCACAACAUCAAUGCAGAAGGACACACCACAGGAAAUGGAACAGACGAGGAGCGCCGUUGAUGAAGACCGGAAAAUGUAUUUGCAGGCUGCUAUAGUGCGGAUCAUGAAAGCAAGGAAAGUCUUGAGACACAACACCCUCAUACAGGAGGUAAUCAACCAAUCCAAAGCCAGAUUCAACCCGAGCAUCAGCAUGAUAAAGAAGUGCAUUGAGGUUCUUAUUGACAAGCAGUACAUCGAGCGAAGCCAGAGCUCUUCAGACGAAUACAGCUACGUUGCAUAAAAACAUAUUAAUUAAACUAAAGAAAACGCUGCAAAGCGUGAAUGGUAAAUAUGUCUUUUAUUUUCGGCUCUGGUGGACUCCGGCACUCAAACAUUGGAUCAGGACUUUGUGCCUCCAUCUUCAGAAAAAAGGGCCUCUGAGUAGCCGGACAGUCAUCAAACCACCCCUUCAACUUCGCCCCUUUCCUUCCCCCCCUUCUGAUUUUAUGCUGUUUACAUCACCAGUGCCACGCCCAGCGCGUCAACACAAAAAGAGAAAUGCCUAUAGCUACUCGAGCAUAAAUGGAUAGUACAUUUUUAGACGUAAUCGCAAAUGAGAAACGAAGAAAGCGAGUGAAUGAAAUGUAUCGCAACGAGUAAAAGAAGUCAAAUGUUUGGGAAACAACUGUAAAAACAACCGCCCUUUUUCUCACGUUGCAGUUGUUGUGUGUAUUCUUUUUUUAAUGUAUCACAGUAAAAAACAAAUAUUGUAAUAAAACCGGUAUUCUAUUAAUUGCAUUUACUUUCAGAAUAUUAAAAAACAAAUAUGAGGUGACAAACAUGAUUCUGCUGCUUGUCAAUUAAACAAAUCAAAAACGCACUCUU